AUGGAUCAAGCACUUACAUCUUCAUCAGCUGAAGCUGCUAAUUAUUUCUUUGGUGGUUUCUUCAUUGCCACUGUAGCACCAUCAACUUGGGCUGCCAUUGGUUGUGGUCUCUCGAUUGCUUUGUCAGUCGUAGGUUCUGCUUGGGGUAUUUGGGUUACAGCUUCAUCACUUAUGGGAGCUGCAGUUGGAGAACCAAGAAUUAGAUCAAAGAACAUUAUUUCAAUUAUUUUCUGUGAAGCCGUAGCUAUUUAUGGUAUUAUUUUGGCUAUUAUCUUAAAGGGUCGUAUGGAAGGACCACCAAAUAUCAGAGACCCAGCCGGUGAUUACAUGGCUGGUUACCUCAUGUUUGCUUCAGGUAUUACCGUCGGUUUUUGUAAUGUAUUCUCUGGUGUCAGUGUCGGUAUUGCAGGUAGUGGUUGUGCUCUUGCUGAUGCUCAAAACCCAGUACUCUUUGUAAAGAUGCUUAUUAUUGAAAUUUUCGCUGGUGCUCUCGGUUUGUACGGUGUCAUCGUUGGUAUUCUCAUGUCUUCUUCAGUAACACUAGGUGCCAAAGUACAUUAA